AAGCGUGUAUGGGUCCGUAAACAUUUCUCACAAGAUACUAGGAGGAUGAAAAGAAGAAUGGAAUUUACAGUGAUGACCUACAACAUAUUGGCCCAGCGCUAUCUGAUGGACAAUAUGCACCUUUAUGGUCAUUGCCCCUCUUUUGUCCUUGCCUGGGAAUUUAGAAGGGACAGGUUACUCAAUGAGAUAACAUAUCACCGAGCAGAUAUACUUUGUUUUCAAGAAAUGGAACCAUAUGUUUUCAAGGACUUUCAGUAUCAAUUAAAACACCUGGGAUAUAUCGGUCACUAUGUGAAGAAGACAGGAGAUAAGCCAGACGGCUGUGCCACCUUUUUCAAACGUAGAAAAUUUUCAUUAGCUGCUGUAAAGUGUGUCAGAUUUAAUAAGAAGAUUGACGUUCUUGAUAGAGACAAUGUUGCAUUGAUUCUUCUUCUGAAGGUUCACAGAUUUGGUCAUAAAAAGAUUGUUGUAGGCAAUACUCAUUUAUUGUUCAACCCAAAGCGUGGGGAUGUAAGACUUGCACAAACAGCCCUUCUUCUUUCAUCACUGGAAGAUGUGUCCUUUAAAAAGGAAACGGUAAGGUGGCCGGUUAUAAUGUGUGGAGACUUCAACACAGAUCCUUUCACACCUUUAUAUACAUUUCUUACGAAAGGACACCUGAGAUAUGAAGGCAUACCUAGGCAUCUUGUGUCAGAAACCGAUUUCUUCACAAAUAAGGCUGUUUUACUGUCUAGGGUGUUAUUGCCACGGAGUUUGGGGAUCUCAGACCAAUGUAUUUGGGUUAAGAGCUUUUUGCAGAGGUGUAACAAACAGGGUACACAAUAUUCAAGGGACAAGGGUAAUGUUCAUAGUAAAAGAGGACUGGAGGACAAGGACACUGUUUCAUCCUUCAAUCAACAAAAGGCAAAGGAAAGUUCAGGUGAACAGAAUGAAGACAAAGGUGCUUCAUCAGAAUAUGGAAGACAAAAGAUUGAAACUUGUUCAGUUGGACAAAAGGAAGACAAAAGUGCUUUAUCAGAAACUGGUGAACAAAAGAAUCAAACUUGUACUGAUAAACAAAAUGAUGACAAAAGUGCUUCACCAGAAUCAGGUAGCCAAGAGAACCAAACCUAUUCAGGUAGACAUAAUGAAGACAGAAAUACUUCAUUAGAAACUGGCAACCAAAAGCAUCAGACUUGCUCAGGUAGACAUAAUGAAGACAAAAACGCUUCAUCAGAAUCUGGCAAACAAAAUAAUCAAAUUGGUACAAAUAGACAAAAUGAGGACAAAAACCACACCUCACCACCUUCUGUGCAAAAAGAUCUUACUUGCUCAGGUAGACUACUUGAAAACAAAGACUCUGAUGAGAUAGUCGUCCAGAGUUUGUCUCAAAGAGAGUCUACUAGUAAGGAGCCAGAUUCAGACCCAAGAAUUCAUCAGCAGAAAGAUUGGAAUCAGUCAGAGAAAGACUUAACUUCACCCUUAAAUUUCUUGACAUUUGAAACUGGUCAGUUGAGUCAUACAUUGAAUUUAAGAUCUGUCUAUGACCACUGUCUUGGGUGGACAGGUAGACCCCGGGAGAGGGAAAUCACCACACACCACAGCCGUGCCAGUGCCACUGUUGACUACAUCUUUUACUCCACUAGUGGGAGCGGUCAGCAUUUUUCUGGAAACUUGCAGCUACAAGAUCAGUACAGCUUGCUCUCUGAUGAGGAUCUCAAGCAGCUGGGGAGUUUGCCAAACAGAUUCCUGGGGUCUGAUCACCUCUCUCUUUUGGCCAAAUUUGCAUUAGAUUGAUGAGGGGAUUUGGUACACAUGAUAGUGGUUUAUAUAGUAAAUUACGGGUGGCAGUUUUUUUGUUUUUUUUUUUGCUAAGAUAAAACCCAAAAGUUGAAAAACACUCAAAGGUAUGUUAUCUUUAAAAUUCCUCAUUGGAUUGACAUUUAAGAACGCAAAUUACUUUUUUUGAUGAUGUAAGUAUAUCACAGUAGAAUGCAUCAUUUCAGUUUUUUGAAUGGUUAUAUUUUAUUUAAUACUAUACAAAUUUUUAUACAAAAUAUGAAGAGUUUAAAUCCCAGACUUUACGAAAGGCGUCGGACCGUCGGACAUGCCUGGCAAAUUUCGUCUCGGUCCGAUAAAAAGUCCUGUAUUGUCGGACCUUAUGUCCGGCGAGUUUUCAAACUGAUUGGAAAUGUGUAAAUAUAAGGAAUACCUUGUUAUUUCUUUUCUGGACGAUAUAUUUAACUUCAUUCGAAAAGAGACGGGGUGAAAAUAUCGGGGAGUUCCCAGCUAAUUAUACAUAAUUUAUUUACCUCAGUUUCACUCACAAAUACUAUUUUGUGACUGGCUGAGGUUGGGGGAUUCCUGGAUGAUGUAAUGUACAGUCUCGUUUUCGUUUUUGUAAUACCCCUAAAAAUGGCCGCAACACAUGUUCUCGUGCUAUUUGCGUUUUUACAGACUUGAUCCUCUGUUUAUUCAUUAUCAGUCGUACACAGUACUCAUGGAUAAGCCUUUUGUUUAGAAAAUGACUUUGUUGAAAUUUAAACACUUCGUUGGUGCAAAGC